GAAGAAGAAGGAAAUCCGGAGGUAAAGACCUAUAAAACGAAGAAAAUGCAUCAAUGGCAGACUUGCGCCUAGCCCUGUUCGCAGUAGUCUAUAUUAUCUUUCUUUUUAGUUAUAUUUUUUUUUCUUUUUCUUUAUUUUACUUUACACAAUAACAAUAAUAAUUGCAUCGAGGAGGUGUGGAUUCAUCUUGUUGGAUCGAUUGUUGAUCGCCGCCAUUCUCCUUCUUAUCAUACCGUUUCUUUCUUGCUCGAUUUCGUUAUUCAACUAUCGCUGUGCCCGCUUUUGGAUCAAUCGUUGAUUCUAGGGUUUUUGGAUCAAUCAGCGUUCAGAUCAGAUAAUUAGGGUUUUUGUGUGAGAGAUUAUGGACAAGAAGAAGGUCGCUGUUCCUCUCGUGUGUCACGGUCAUUCUCGGCCUGUAGUGGAUUUGUUCUACAGUCCCAUCACUCCUGAUGGAUUUUUUCUCAUCAGUGCCAGCAAAGAUUCCACUCCCAUGCUUAGAAAUGGUGAAACUGGAGACUGGAUAGGAACCUUUGAGGGGCAUAAAGGUGCGGUUUGGAGUUGUUGCUUAGAUAAAAACGCUCUGCGUGCUGCAUCAGCGUCUGCUGAUUUCUCAGCGAAACUGUGGGAUGCUUUAACUGGGGAUGUGCUGCACUCAUUUGACCACAAACAUAUUGUUCGAGCAUGUUCCUUUUCUGAGGACACACAUUUUCUGCUAACUGGUGGUUUUGAGAAAAUACUUCGCAUAUUUGAUUUAAAUCGACCAGACGCACCUCCAAGAGAAAUCGAGCAUUCUCCAGGUUCUGUCAGGACCGCUGCAUGGCUCCACAGUGACCAAACAAUAUUAAGUUCGUGCUCCGAUUCCGGGGGAGUAAGGCUAUGGGACGUGAGAAGCGGGAAAAUGGUCCGUACUCUUGAAACAAAAUCAUCUGUGACCAGUGCUGAGGUCAGCAAGGAUGGUCGUUAUAUAACCACUGCAGACGGUUCUUCUGUCAAAUUCUGGGAUUCAAACCAUUUUGGUUUGGUGAAAAGUUAUGAAAUGCCAUGCAAUGUGGAAUCAGCGUCAUUGGAACCGAAGUUUGGUGAUAAGUUUAUUGCUGGAGGGGAAGACAUGUGGAUUCGCCUAUUUGAUUUCAACACUGGCGAAGAAAUCGGGUGCAACAAAGGUCACCAUGGUCCGGUCCAUUGUGUGAGGUUCUCGCCUGGAGGUGAAUCAUACGCAUCUGGGUCAGAAGACGGAACCAUAAGAAUAUGGCAAACAGGGCCUUCAAAUCCAAAGGAGAAAGAAAGCUCUGUUCCAAAUGGGCCGAGCAAGCCCAUCACAGUAGAUGAAAUUGGCACAAAAUUGGAGGAUGUGAAAGUUGGCAGGGAGUGAGAAGGGUUGGUUGUUAACUAGAAACAUAUAUAUAUAUAUAUAUAUAUCAUAUAUGUUUGUUCUACCUUUGUGUGGCUAAUAUGUAAGUCUUAAAUGUUGUCACUUUUUUCUCUAAAAUAAAUAGACACUACUUGUGGAUUCUGUUUUGCUUGUUUAGUGUUUUGCAGUAUGUUGAUUAAA